GAAUUAAAAUUCCGAGUAUAGUACUUUUUGACAGUCCGAUCAAUAACACAAGAAGAAAACAUUGCGAUUUCUUGUAGUUAUUAUCCGGAUCUAUAAGCCGUAAAGACAAAAUAUAAUCGAAAUGACUAAAAAACUACCAGAAAUUCAACUAACUGUCAAUAAACAUGGACAGUUAGUUCAGACACUUGCUAAACCGAUUCAUGAUGGAAACUUGCCUAUUACGCUGGAAGAAUUUCAAGUUCAAGCAAAUGCCGCACUAACCCAGAUGAUAGAAGAUCUCGAUGAAUUGGGUCAAAUGUUGGGUGAUGGCAACAUGCAGAAUUUGGAAGCAGAGAACAGUGCAGAUGAAGAUGUUGAUGAAGAAGAAGAUGAGAGUGAUGACAACACAGAUGGUUAUGAUAGCGAGGAAGGUGAGGAGUCUGGCAAUGAGGAUUUGAAUGAACAGAGUGGACCCAAAAAGAAGAAACAUUAUUAAUAUGAUUUGAUAUAGUUGGUCAAGAUUUUUUGAUGUAUGAAGUACUAGUUGUGGCUGUAGGCACCAUUAUGAAUAAGAAGAAAAUAUAGUCACAAUGUUUCCUUUCCACACAAAUAUUUCAAGUGUUUAAUGUAUUUGCUCCUUGUAGAUUUGUUAGGUUCUGGUACAAGCAUUCCAUUUCACAAUAUUUAUUCUUGUAAUGAGAAUCUCAGUGUCAAUUUAUUUUUGCUUAUAGCAAUUAUGGGUCUCUAGACUUAGGUAUUAAAGUAGCAUUUAAAAUGUGAAAAGGCUGGAUUUACCCAGUAAGAAGAUAUUUAUUGAGGAGUUCUACUUUUGAAAAGGUCUAUUAGACUAUAAUAUUCAGGGCUAUAUAUUAGAAUAUAUUAGAAUUUCUAUUGAUCCCUUCACAUGAGUAACGUUUAAAAAAAUGAUGGAAUAUAGACCUGAAUAUUGUAUUACAUAAUAGACCUUUUGAAAGUUGAAAUUGAUUGUAUAUUAAGUAUAUUUUGGCUAUUUUACCUUUCAUUGUUAGUGAAAUGUAGUUUAAGUAUAAAGUAUAUAUUGUAUCAUGUCACAUGUAAAUUAGUAACACUUGAAAAUGGCUAUUGAAAGUGAAAUUACCUAAUUACUGUUCCCAUGCCUAUAAGGUUUAUUUUGUAGAAGUGUUUAAAAGGUAUGUAAACCAAUGUGAUUGUAUAUUAAACUAUAUUUAUUCAA